CUCAGCCUUUUCUCCAGGGCCCUCAGACCACCAGACAGAAGGACAAGGACAGAACCCCAGGCCCCCGUGCCUGUUGUGCUGCCAUUCCUACAGCUGGGCCCCGGGACACCCCUCCGCCCCUCAACACCUCCCCCUCCACCAACGGCCGGCCCGCCGCUCGGCCUGGUGAGGCUCCCCCGCCCCCACGAAGGACUGGAUUGUAGGUGAAGGUGAAGGUCCUUGCCCCCUGGCCAGCCUCUCUCAGUCCUGCUCUGGAGCCUGCCAACUUCCAGGGGACAGCAGGCAGGAUGACCCAAAACAUGGUGACCGUGAACGGGGUUGAAGUGGCCUCCACCCAGUCCCAGCCCACCCACAUCAGCAUCCACAUCCACCAGGAAUCGGCUCUGCUGCAACUGCUGAAGGCGGGGGGCUCCCUGAAGGAGUUCUUCGCUGGCAAGCGGGACCCGGGCUCCGCCAAGCCUAGGAUCCGCUCAGGGCUGCUGGCAGGAGGGGUGACCCAGAUUUUGCUGGGAGCAGUGAGCUGUGUCUUUGGAGUGCUUCUGUACUUCGGACCCUGGACCGAGCUGAGAGGCUCGGGCUGUGCCUUCUGGGCAGGGUCUGUGGCGAUCGCAGCAGGAGCUGGGACCCUUGUCCACGAGAAGCGCCGGAGCGUCCUUUCAGGCUGGGUGUCCAGUCUGUUCACCCUGGCUGGCAUUGCCACGGCCGUGGCUGCUAUAGUCCUCUGUGCGAAUAGCAUAACCUGGGAAAAUUACAGCUUCUCGAACUCCAUAUGUGACUUCCCGGACGCUCCCACCGCAGCCACUGACUAUGGAUGGGGUUGGCGAAACAAUUACAGAGCCUCAGAAUGGCAGAAAGAUGAGUGUGUAAACUUCAUUGAAAUGCUGCAUAACUUGUUCCUAGGAAUCCGCAUUCUGCUCCUGGCCAUCUGUGCCCUGCACCUCAUCGUGUCCCUGGCUUCCCUGGGCCUGGGGCUGCGAAGCGCGUGCAGCCAGAGCUCCCAGCCCACGGAUGAGGAAGACUCAGAGAAGAAGCUACUGGGGGAGAAUUCCAUGCCUCCCUCCCCCGUGAGGGAGAAGACCAUGCCCGCCAUGGUCUUGUGAGCGGCCAGAGACCCGGCCUGAACCGCCGCGUGUCCCUCCAGAGUAGCCCGGGGCCUGUGGGGACAACAGUGUCUGCUCCCGGGGCCCCUCACUGCCCUGUCCCUCACACUUGCCUCUCCUUUGGCCACCAUCAAACCUCUCCCCUCUCCCCACCAUGCUCGCCCCAGUGUGUUACAUUCAGUGAGUGCUGAUUAAACAGGCAAUCGCAGCACGCACGCGCUAUAAACCAGAAA